GGUAUGACUGAAUAAGUAUCGCUUAUAGCUCAUCUAAAUUUCAUUUGACACCACUAUUUGUGAACUUUUUUCAUCAUAUGUGUCGAAACUUUACGAAGAUAUGGCCGGAGAGGAUUUGAUUAUAAAAUUUCAGGAGCUUGGCAUGAGUGAACAGAAGGCUAAGGAGACGAUUAAGAAUGCCAAUGUGACACGAAAUUUGCAGCUAGCCUUAGCCGAAACAACCAAACCGCUGAGCGAUGGUGUUGGCAUGCUACUCUACCACAUGGCAACUAAAUUGAAGCCUCAAAUAGCGGCAGAAUUACCACUUUUAGUGCGCUACAUUUCGGAACGCAAGCUGGACAAUACGCAACGCGUUGACGCUGCACUGGAAUACUUGCUAAAAUGCGUACAGAAGAAGAACGCAACUGUCGAUGUGGCCGAGCUGGAUCGUGAAUGCGGUGUUGGUGUCGUAGUCACGCCUGAGGAGAUUGAACGGGUUGUGCAGCAUAAAGUUAAGGGCACCUACAAGCAAAUCUUACUUGAGCAACGCUAUCACUUCAAUUCAUUUAAGAUUAUGCAGGAUGUCCGCAAUGAACUGAAAUGGGCAGAUGCAAAGUUCUUGAAAGCUGCCAUCGAUGUUGAAAUAUUCGAUUUACUAGGUCCCAAAACUGAGACUGAUCUAAUCCCUUUGCCCAAGCAGAAUGAAAAGCAGCUCAAAGUCAAAGCUAAUACCGACGUCAAGUCCGAUGUCAAAGUAUCCUCAACGUCAGCAGCUACUCCAGAUGACGACGGUGCCAAUACGAUUGCAGAGCUUAUGAAAACUAAGGUGCACUUCCAUGCACCAGGCGACAACUUUAAGACCGAUGGCUAUGUGGUCACCGAUCACACAGAGCAGCUACUGCGCGAUCAUUUGCAGCGCACAGGCGGUCGGGUCCAAACACGCUUCCCUCCUGAACCAAAUGGCAUUUUGCACAUAGGUCAUGCCAAGGCCAUCAACAUCAAUUUCGGUUAUGCAGCCGCCCAAAAAGGUGUCUGCUAUCUGCGAUAUGACGACACAAAUCCUGAGAAGGAGGAGGAAAAGUUUUUCAUUGGUAUUCGCCAAAUGGUUGAGUGGCUCGGCUACACACCGUACAAGAUAACAUAUUCUUCGGACAACUUUCAGCAGCUAUAUGAAUGGGCUGUAGUACUGAUAAAAAAAAACUUGGCCUAUGUGUGUCACCAGAAGGCAGAAGAACUAAAGGGUUUUAAUCCACCUCCGAGUCCUUGGCGCGAGCGAUCUGUCGAUGAAUCUCUGCAGCUGUUUGAGGACAUGAAACAUGGCAAGAUUGACGAGGGUGCUGCCACACUGCGCCUCAAGCUGACGCUUGAAGAAGGUAAACAGGAUCCUGUUGCUUAUCGUAUUAAGUUUAUACCGCAUCAUCGCACUGGCUCUGACUGGUGCAUUUAUCCAACCUACGACUACACCCACUGUCUAUGUGAUUCGAUCGAAGAUAUAACCCAUUCACUGUGCACCAAGGAAUUUCAGUCUCGUCGGUCCUCCUACUACUGGCUUUGCAAUGCUCUCAACAUCUACUGUCCCGUGCAGUGGGAAUAUGGGCGCCUGAACAUGAACUAUGCGCUCGUUUCUAAGAGAAAAAUUGCCAAACUUAUUUCCGAACGUAUUGUCCACGAUUGGGAUGAUCCACGCCUCUUUACAUUAACGGCUUUACGGCGACGCGGCUUUCCAGCAGAGGCUAUCAAUAAUUUCUGUGCCCAAAUGGGUGUGACGGGUGCACAAAUAUCUGUGGAUCCCUCCAUGCUUGAGGCUGCCGUCAGAGAUGUGCUCAACGUUACUGCGCCACGACGACUUGUCGUAUUGCAGCCACUUAAAGUAACCAUCAGCAACUAUCCCAAUGCGGGGCCAGUGGAAUUGCAAGUUCCUAACUUUCCACAAAACCCAUCACUUGGCUUGCACAAGAUUACCCUGGAUCGUGUUAUCUAUAUUGAGCGCAGCGAUUUCAAAUUGGAACCAGAAAAGGGUUAUCGACGCUUGUCCACCAAGCAAUCUGUUGGCUUGCGCCACGCUGGUCUGGUCAUCAAUGUGCAAGAAGUUAUCCGUGAUCCUGCCACGGGCGAAGUGGUGGAGCUCGUUUGCAACAGCGAAUCUGCGGAGCAGGCUGAGAAACCGAAGGCAUUUGUACAGUGGGUUUCACAGCCAAUUGAGCUGGAGGUGCGCCUAUAUGAGCAGCUAUUUAAGCACAAGAAUCCCGAGGAUCCCAAUGAAGUGCCUGGCGGAUUUCUCAGCGACAUAAACGAAAACUCCAUGUCCGUUAUGCAUGCGUACUCCGAUCAAUCGCUAAGGGGCGUAAAGGUGUAUGAUAAGUUCCAAUUCGAACGCAUUGGCUUCUUUUCUGUGGAUCCGGAAACAUCUGGCACACGAAUUGUGUUCAAUCGCACCGUAGGACUCAAAGAGGAUUCGGGCAAGAAAUAAAUGCCAUUUGAAUUUUUGUUUUUAUAAAAAAAUAUCAAUAUGCUCACAAUAAAUACGAUUUA